GACAUUCAAUUUCUAUCUGUGGAUGGAUGAGAAAAGGCCGAAAUUGUUGAAAGAUACAGAGGCUGCCUCUUUUUCAUACUUAAACACGACAUGAAUCCAAGCAUACAGAGUGGCAGAGAGCAAGUCAAAACCAAUGAAUUCCCGUCACUACCUCCAUAAAUUAAUGACUGAUCCCUUCCAUGUAUCUCAGAUCCAAACUGGAAUAGUCUCAUUCCAUCCACAGAGGAGAAUUGAAUAUGGAACUUCGCAAUAGUGCCUCGUCAAAUUCUCUUUUCCACUUUCUCCUCCUCUUCCUCAUUUCAUCUUCUCUCCCAUCUCUCACUCUCUCAGCCACCGUUCGCUGCAACCCACAUGACAAAUAUGCUCUCCUAGCAUUCAAGAAAUCCCUGAACAAUCCCAGCGACCUCGCUUCCUGGAUUCCCAACACCGACUGCUGUAACUGGACCUACAUUGAGUGCGACCCCAACACCAAUCGCGUUACCCAGGUCUCCAUCAAUCGAGCUAGCAUCUCCGGCGAAAUACCAGCAGCCAUCGGCGACCUCCCCUACCUCGAUACCCUCGUCUUAAACAAUAUGAACCUCACCGGUUCAAUCCCCUACUCCAUUACCAAGCUUCAACACCUCAGACGUCUCACUAUCAGCGAGACCACUCUAUCGACCCGCAUCCCUCAAUUCCUCGGCCAAGUCAAAAGCCUACAGUAUCUCAUUCUCUCCGUCAACCAACUCUACGGUCCGAUCCCGGCUUCCCUUGCAAACCUCAACAAAUUGGUAAGUCUUCAACUGCAAGGAAACAAACUCUCGGGCAAGAUUCCCAAGUCGCUAGGCAAGUUGAAUCUCGACUCGAUUAUUCUGCUCAAUAACAAGUUCGUUGGGGAUGCAUCCAUGUUUCUUAGAGCCGACGCAGCAACAACGUGGAUCAAUUUGUCGAGGAACCGGCUCGAUUUUGAUCUGUCAAAAGUGGGGUUUCCAUUGAACUUGACGUUCUUGGAUUUGUCACAUAACAGGAUCCGAGGAAGCAUUCCGAAGCAGAUAACGGAGUUGGAUUCGAUACUGGUGAUGGACUUCAGCAAUAACCGGCUCUGCGGAAAGAUUCCGUUCGGUGGAAAGAUGCAGGAUCAAGGUGAAUACCCGUUUCUCCAUAACCGGUGUUUGUGUGGCCCGCCUCUCCCCAACAGCUGUAAGUAGCCCGGCCAGCUUGACUGGGAGUUCGAAUUUUCCGGUCCAGAAGUCAUGACGCUGAAAUUGAGAUCCCAAAAGUGGCCAGUUAAUCAUUUUGAUGUGAUCUGUGCAUUGGUUAGUCAGGGAAAGUUCGACUUUAUAUAUCAGUUUGCAAUAUUCCAUUCCCAAUUUUCCCAUCGAGUAUUCCUGAGGCUUCCUAUAAUUGUUUAAAAGUAUUUGAAUUCGUCCAAAUUGAUUUUGGUUGGGACGGGGUCCAAUUCAAAACCGGUUCGUUGACAGUUGACAUCUUAAAACU